AUGAGAAGCAACAUGAAAUCUUUGCUUUCCUUGUCGAACAAGUUUGUGAUGAACAACAACAAAUCCUCACUCAACAAACUUUCUUGUGUUCAAUAUAGUUUUUAUUCAACAGAGAGCAAUACCGGACAUGGAAGUUUAAUUUCUGGAGUUCCUAAGGAUCAACUUUCGAGAACUGUGAGAAUUUAUAGACCAAGUAAAUCAGCCACACAACAAGGCAUUUCUAAAACACUCAAGUGGAGAGUCGAAUGGAAGAAGCACUCAGCACACGGAGAAGUAUGGCAUGAUCCGAUGAUGGGUUGGAACGCUACCAAUGAUCCGCUAAUGACAACCUACAUGUAUUUCAAUUCUUUGGAGGACGCCACUGACUACUGCAAGAGACACGGUUUUGAAUACGAAAUUGAGGACCCAGAAUCUAAAAAGAGUGUCGAACCGGAAGGAAAAUCUUAUGCUGCUAAAUUUAAGUACAGAAAAGAGGAAGAAGAUUGGUAA